AUGAAGGCCCCAACCCCGGUGCUCGCUCCUGAGGCGGCUCCUUCGUUCAUCUCUCCCACGAAAGCCAGCGUUCCCUUGUUUGCCGCAUCAUCGCAAAAUGGCACAUCAUUACGCCGGUUUUUGACACGAUUAGCACUGCAUACUUCAGGGAAGCUUUACCAUCGAGACGGUCUCUGUGUACCCAUCUCGAAACACAAAAUCCUCAAGACGGGUUUCCGCGUCCAUCUGACGGAAGGCGCAACCAUGAAAUACCUAGCCGAGAAUACGGCCAUCCCUGUUCCCAAGGUCUACUGCUCUUUUCUAUGCAGGCACAGAGCAUACAUUGUCAUGGAAAGGAUACAGGGCGAUGAGCUCUCGACAGCCCUGAAGACCAUGCCAAAAGAAUCACUUGAGGAUGUCUUCUCGCAAUUGAGGGACAUAAUACGGGAGUUACGCGCUCUCACACCUCCAUGCACGGGGGUAGAGAGCUGCGUUGGUGGGUCACUGUAUGAUUCCCGCAUACCUCAGGGGAACCAUCGCUUCGGACCUUUCAAGACCAUCCGAGACUUCCACUUCUGGCUUAGAAAAGGCUUACGGCCCGAAGAUCUACAAGGUCGAGAGCGCGACCAAGAUUGGCACGGCCUUCAGGAGAUGAUGAAUCGGCAAGAUGGGCCGUGGCCUCCGCCAGUCUUCACACACGGCGAUUUGAAUCCGUCCAACAUUCUCAUCCGAGAGGGAAAAGUGGUUGGUAUCAUUGACUGGGAGUUCUCAGGAUGGUAUCCCCAGUAUUGGGAAUACACAUCAGCCUGGUUUGGGAACACAAUGAAACCAGGAUGGCAGAGCAAGCUUGACCAGUUUCUCGACCGACCCGAUCCUGAGGAGGUCAAGAUGGAAGAAGUUCGUCACAAAUGGUGGGGCGAAUGCUGA